CUCUAAUCCUUGAUAAGAAAUAGACUCCUCUCCAUCUUUUUUUAUAUAUAUUUCCUUUUUUUUUCUCUUAUUUUUUUUUUUUGAUGAACGACAUAAAGACACAGAGGAUACCGAUAGAAUACAUCUUUAUUGACAAACAGAAUGAGCUACGAUCAAUAUCGAAAACACUUGAUUUUAUGCCCGUACAACUAUCGGAUAUUCCACUUUUGUAUGUUGAUCAUGACGAACAGCUGGUUGAGUUGAUCCAAAAGCCAGCCGAACCCUUGAUACCCGUGGCAAUGUAUGAAGAUCCCUUUAGACAACAGGGUGCUAAGCUGGUAUUAUGUCAAAUGCCAACUCGUCUACAGUGUAAAAAGAUUAUGGACCACUAUGGUCAUCUUGAACCCUGGUUUGGUAUAGAACAGGAGUAUGUCUUGUUUGACCCCAAGACGAAUAAACCACUCGGUUGGCCAAAACAUGGUCAACCGGAAAAGACAGGGAAAUAUUAUUGUGGUAUAGGCACAGGGAAAAUAUUCGGAAGAGAUAUUAUGGAAGCUCAUUAUAGAGCUUGUCUAUAUGCAGGCAUCACAAUAUGUGGAUGUAAUGCAGAGGUAGUACCAGGUCAACUUGAAUAUCAAAUCGGACCGUGUGAAGGAGUGUCUAUUGGUGAUGAACUUUGGGUGGCAAGAUACAUCAUGGAACGUGUUGCAGAAGAUUUUGGUCUGAUGGUUUCGUUACAUCCUAAACCCAUUCCAGGAUCUUGGAAUCCAACUGGAUGCCAUACAAACUUCUCUACAAAUCAAAUGAGAUCAAGUGAAGGAGGAUUAGACGCUAUUGAAGAAGCAAUCGAAAAUAUGAGCGAUAAGCAUUUUGAACAUAUUAAUGUGUAUGGACAAGAUAAUCAUCUUCGACUUACAGGAGAGUACGAAACAGGACAUAUCAGCGUAUUCUCUUAUGGUGUUGGCAAUAGAGGCGCAUCUAUUCGUAUACCGAUAAAAGUGGCUCUGGAUGGAAAAGGAUAUAUGGAAGACCGUAGACCGGCAGCGAAUAUUGAUCCUUAUCAGGUAGCAACGAUUAUCAUGACAUCUUCAUUCAAUUAUAAACCUCCAUCUUUAUUCGAAAUUAUAUAUUAAAGUUAAAUAAAAAUGUAUUUACGCGCCAGUGUUGGUUGGAUCAUCGCUUGGUACAGGACCUAAUCUUCUUGCCAUAGGAUCAUCAAAUCCAUACAAGGUGUCUGGUUUAUUAGAGGAUCUCAUAGCAUCGUUAGCAAACCCUUUAGGAAGUUGUUCCUUUUGAUGUUCUUCCUUGGGCUUCUUAUCAGCUUCCUUAUCGUCUUGAUGAUGUUUGUGUUUAAAGAUAUCCGAGAUGUGCAUUUAAAUAUAAAAAAGAGAGAGAAAAAAAAGGACGAUUAUGCAGUGUGUCGCUUUUUUUCACUACGAAGCGGUCAUUUAAUUUACACCAAAAUCAAAAAAAAAACAAAAGCCCGGGGGCUCAUUCGUCUCUCUC